AUGACAACACCAAUGCACAUUAAUCCUCAAGAAGAACAAUUGUUUCUUGCUACACUUCAAGAUUGCUUACAAACAGAUAAUACAAAACGUGCUGCUGCUGAGCAAGUCUAUCAAGAUAUUCCUGAUGAGAAAAAAGGUAUUUUACUUAUGUCGGCGAUAUGUAAUACAACAAGAGGCGUGCCGAUUCGAUCGAUGGCAUCGAUUAUGUAUCGACGUUUAAUUCAAUCACAAUUUGAGAAUUUCUGGCCAAAAUACACCCCUGAGCAACAAAUGAUGUUGAAAAAGGAAUUACUCACACGAUUAAUCCAAGUAGAUGAUGAUGAAGAUAUUCGAAAGAAAAUCUGUUAUAUCGUCGCUGAAUUAGCCAAGAAUUUAAUGGAUGAAAAUGAUCAAUCGAAAUGGCCGGAAGUUUUGGACUUUCUUUUCCAGUCGGCAAAUUCACCGCAUAGUAGUUUAAAAGAAUCAGCUUUGAUUAUUUUCGAAGCUUUUCCGGGCAUCUUCGGUAGUCAAGCGGAACAAUUAACUCAAAUUAUCCAUCAAAUAUUUUUAAAUUGUUUAAACGAUCAAGAAAAGAAAGUUCGUUACACAGCUGCAACUGCUUUCGCAGCUUAUCUCAAAGACAAUGCUGAAAAUACUCAAUUGAUGAAUAUUUAUCGCGACUGUUUACCACCAUUUCUUUCGACAAUAACACAUAGUUUGGCGAACUCCGAUGACGAUACAGUAUUGAAAGCAUUGAUCGAUAUUGCAGAAAAUACACCAAAAUAUAUCCGACCAGCUAUCGAUGAAGUUUUUACGUUAUGUCUUCAUACAAUGGAGCAAAAGGAUGAUUUCGAAGAAUCACGUCGUCAUUUAGCUUUGGAAGUUUUAGUUACUCUUUCUGAAACGGCAAGUGCUAUGGUUCGAAAAGUGGCCAAAAAAUACAUGAACAAGCUUGUUCCGCAACUUCUUGAAAUGAUGGUUGAUUUGGAUGAUGAUUCGGACUGGUCAACUAAAGAUAUAAUUGAGGAUGAAGAAGAUGAUAGUAAUGCUGUCGUUGGUGAAAGUUCAUUAGAUCGUCUUGCUUGUGCACUUGGUGGAAAAACAAUGUUGAAUUAUAUUUUAACAACUGUUCAAACUAUGUUACGAAAUCCUGAUUGGCGUUAUCGACAUGCUGGCUUAAUGGCUAUAUCAGCUACUGGCGAAGGCUGUCACAAAGAAAUGACAGUUUUACUGGAUGAUCUUGUCAAUGGAAUAUUAGUUUUCCUCAAAGAUCCGCAUCCACGCGUUCGAUAUGCAGCUUGUAAUGCAUUGGGACAAAUGUCAACAGAUUUCCAAGGAACAUUUCAAAAGAAAUUUCAUGCGAAAGUUAUUCCUGGUCUUUUGUCUAUUCUUGAUGAUCAUGAAAAUCCUCGAACACAAGCACAUGGUGGCGCGGCUUUAGUCAAUUUUGCGGAAGAUUGUCCACCACGACUUUUGAUCGAACACUUACCGCAAAUUAUUGAAAAGCUUGAACAAGUGCUCAAUCGAAAAUAUCAAGAACUCGUUCAACACAAUCGUAAAUUGGUUCUUGAACAAAUUGUCACAACACUUGCAGCCAUCGCCGAUACAGUUGCACAAGAUUUUUCACCCUAUUAUGAUCGGUUUAUGCCACAAUUGAAAUAUCUGUUUAAAAACGCAGUUACACCUGAUUAUCGAAUGUUACGCGGGAAAACAAUGGAAUGCAUCAGUUUAAUUGGUCUAGCUGUCGGAAAAGAAAAAUUUAUCCAUGAUUGUUAUGAAAUUAUGCAAGAAUUGGUUAAAACCCAAGUUGAUUUCGAAAAUUUGGGCAACGAUGAUCCACAAGUGUCGUAUUUGAUUGGCGCUUGGACACGUAUAUGUAAAAUCUUAGGCAAAGAUUUUGAACAGUACUUACCCAUUGUCAUGGGACCGGUUUUGAAAGCUGCAGCAUUCAAACCUGAGGUCACUGUGUUGAAUGAAGAUGAAACCGAUGUUGAAGAAGAUGAUAGUUGGGAGGUCUUAAAUGUUGGCGAUCAAGCAUUUGGUAUUAAAACAACAGGUCUUGAAGAAAAAGCAAGUGCUUGUUCAAUGCUUGUUUGUUAUGCAAAAGAAUUAAAAGAAGGUUUUGUUAAUUAUGUCGAAGAAACAACGAAGCUCAUGGUUCCACUUCUUCGAUUCUAUUUUCAUGAAGGUGUUCGUGCUGCAGCUGCUGAAUCCUUACCACAUCUACUCGAUUGUGCGAAAUUACGUGGUGAUGAUUAUGUUCGUCAAAUGUGGCAAUACAUGAACAAGGAAUUAUUCAAAGCUAUCGAAAUUGAACCUGAUCAUGAAGUUCUUGGUGAAUUAUUUUCAUCCGUCGGAAAAUGUAUUGAAACAUUGGGUGUGUCAAGUUUAUCUGCUGAUGNUGCUAGUGUUUAG